AUGGCGAAAGACACCAUAUACGAAGGCGUCUUCGCCAUCAACAAGCCGUACGGCAUGAGCUCUGCGCAAGUGAUCCGUGAUUGCCAACAGCAGAUGAACCCUUCGGCCAUUUUCAAGCCAUUGAUCGAGAGGGAUCUCGCCGCCAAAAUGCAGGAAUCCAAGUCAGAAUGGAAGCGUCGCCGAGCCGUUAAGAAAGACUCUCGCGUGAAGAUGGGCCAUGGAGGUACACUCGAUCCAUUGGCCACCGGCGUACUCAUUCUCGGUGUCGGAUCGGGCACCAAGUCACUCGGCUCAUUCCUCGACUGCACCAAGACCUACGAGACAGUGGUGCUCUUUGGCGCAAGCUCAGACACCUACGACCGCGUGGGUAGAAUAUUGAGCAGACGGCCGUACGAUGAGAUCACAAAGGAAAAGGUUGAAAAGGCGAUGGAUAGCUUCCGGGGCAAGUUCCAGCAGAUUCCCCCUUUAUACUCCGCACUCAAGAUGGAGGGCAAGCCGCUGUACGAGUACGCUCGCGAGGGCAAGGCUAUCCCGAGAGAAAUCGUGGGAAGAGACGUCGAAGUAUCCGAGCUCGAAAUGGUCGAGUGGUACGAGCCUGGAACGCACAACUACAGAUGGCCUACCGAAGAGGCUGAGACGGCCGAGAAAAACCUCGCUGAGCAGGUCUGGCGAGUGGAAAAGCAACAGGGUUCCGGCCGCCGGCUUACUCCUGAGGAGGAGAAGGAAGAGGAGAAAGCCCUCUCCGAGCACGAGACUGUGAAGAAGAAGUUUGAGGAGCGCCAGGAUGGUCUUAUCCGCGAUAAGCCUGCCAAGAAGCAAAAGCCUCCAAAAAACCCGGCUCUGAUGUCUGGCGCCCUGGGGCAGCUCCCAGCCGGCAAGGGUUCCAACCUUAUCCCUCCCCCUCCGUCUGAGGAUGAGCCCUUCCCUUGGACCGACAAGGGCCCACCUGCCGCCAGGAUUCGCAUGAAGGUCACCUCUGGAUUCUACGUUCGCAGCUUCUGCCAUGAUUUGGGUGCCAAGGUCGACUCUGCGGGCAUGAUGGCUGAGCUUGAGCGAUCUCGACAAGGCGACUUUGAGGUCCGCACUGACAGCUGCUUAGAGUACGAUGACGUUCUCAAGGGAGAGGAGGUCUGGGGACCCAAGGUUACGAAGGCGUUGGCGGCAUGGACCGAGAAGUAUCCCAACGGAGCGCCGCAGUCGCAACGCGAACGACAGAACGUUCAAGGCCAGCAGAAGCAGCAGAACCAGGGCCGCAAAGAAGACAGAAAGCGCAAGUGGGAGAACAAGAGCUUUGAUAAAAAUGACAACGCCGCUAAGAAGAGGAGAAACUCCAGCUCGGGAGAUGAGGCACCUGCCGCUAAGGUGGCCAAGUCGGAGCAGGCUAACGACGUUAAGGAGUCCCCCAAGGCAUCGCUCACAGGAUCACCAAAGGCAUCCCUCAAGACAUCACCUAAAACGUCACCCAGGGCUUCCCCCAAAGGUUCUCCCAAAACCUCUCCCAAGGCGAAGGCAGCUAACACAAAGAAGCAUGAAGAUGAGUGGGAAGGUAUCCAGGACUAA